GAAGAAGAUCCAAGAAGACUGAGGUAAGCAGGCUUCUGCAGCCCUGUCGAAGUGGAAAAAAUAGAUCAAAAGUUGUUCAUGGUGACUGGUCAAAGUAGGUUUUAUUUUUUUCUCAUAGGAAGCUUGACAGCAUAAAAUAAAAACAAAUUUCUUUAGUCAAAGUUUUUUUUCUUUUUCUUUAACUUACUGUUAGCAAACUUCAGACCCAGACACAAGACUCAACGGUAUAUUCCUGGACAGCAAGAUACUAUAAUGGCAACCACAAUCUGUUUCAUCAUUUGGGCGGUAUUCAUAACAGAUUCUGUAUGGACUCGAACUGUGAGACAGGUCUAUGAGGUACAUGAUCUAGAGGAUUGGACUGCGCAAGACUUAGAUUGUCCUAGGGAAUGUUUCUGUCCCCCCAGUUUUCCUACUGCUUUAUACUGUGAAAAUCGAGGUCUCAAAGAAAUCCCUGCUAUUCCUUCAAGGAUCUGGUAUCUUUAUCUUGAAAACAACCUGAUAGAAACCAUUCCUGAGAAGCCAUUUGAGAAUGCUACCCAACUGAGAUGGAUCAAUCUAAACAAGAACAAAAUAACCAAUUAUGGAAUUGAAAAAGGAGCCCUGAGCCAACUAAAGAAGCUACUUUUCUUAUUUUUGGAAGAUAAUGAGCUAGAGGAGGUACCUUCUCCCUUGCCAAGAAGUUUAGAACAAUUACAAUUAGCUAGAAACAAGGUAUCCAGAAUUCCUCAAGGGACCUUCAGCAAUCUGGAGAACCUAACCCUUCUUGACCUACAACACAAUAAACUAUUAGACAAUGCCUUUCAAAGAGACACCUUUAAGGGACUUAAGAACCUCAUGCAGUUAAAUAUGGCCAAGAAUGCCCUGAGGAAUAUGCCACCAAGAUUACCAGCCAAUACAAUGCAACUGUUUUUAGACAACAAUUCCAUUGAAGGAAUACCAGAAAAUUAUUUUAAUGUAAUUCCUAAAGUGGCCUUCUUGAGACUAAACCACAAUAAAUUAUCAGAUGCAGGUCUCCCUUCAAGUGGUUUUGACGUAUCAUCAAUUUUAGACCUUCAGCUCUCUCACAAUCAACUCACGAAGGUCCCCCGAAUCAAUGCUCAUCUGCAACACCUUCACCUUGAUCAUAACAAAAUUAAAAAUGUGAACGUCUCUGUAAUAUGUCCUACCCCUACCACACGGCCUGCAGACCAGGAUUCCUUCAGUUAUGGACCUCAUCUGAGCUACCUCCGUCUGGAUGGAAAUGAAAUCAAACCACCAAUCCCAAUGGAUUUAAUGACCUGCUUCAGGCUUCUUCAGACUGUCAUUAUUUAA